AGGCAAGUGUCAGGCCGAUGUGCCGCCCGCGAGGGGCCGGGGUCGGGGCCACCGGGGCCAUGCGCACGAGCUGGGCAGGAGGCCGGUGGGGCGCAGAGCGGAGCCGCCUCGGAGCCUGAGCCUCCCCGGGCCGGGGCGGGGGAGCCUCGCGGGGCCGGCCGGCCGGGGGGGGAGGGGAGCGAUGCGGCGCCGGCGGGUGGCGGUGGCCGCGGGUUUCUGCGCCUCCUUCCUGCUGGGCUCCGUCCUCAACGUGCUCUUCGCACCGGGCUCCGAGCCUCCGCGGCCAGGCCAGUCUCCAGGGCCCUCCCCAGCCCCGGGCCCGGGCCGUCGCGGGGGCCGCGGGGAGCUGGCCCGGCAGAUCCGAGCGCGCUACGAGGAGGUGCAGCGCUAUUCCCGCGGGGGCCCCGCGCCCGGGGCCGGCCGGCCGGAGCGGCGGCGCUUAAUGGAUCUGGCUCCGGGCGGGCCGGGCCUGCAGCGUCCCCGGCCCCCACGGGCCCGGCCCCUGCCCGACGGCGCCCCGGGCUGGCCCCCGGCUCCCGGCCCGGGCUCUCCGGACCCGGGCCCGCGCCUGGGCUGCGCUGCGCUCCGCAACGUGUCCGGCACACAGUACGUGGGCUCCGGCUAUACCAAGGCCGUGUACCGGGUCCGCCUGCCCGGCGGCGCUGCGGUGGCGCUCAAGGCGGUGGACUUCAGCGGCCACGAUCUGGGUAGCUGCGUGCGCGAGUUCGGGGCACGGAGGGGCUGCUAUCGGCUGGCGGCCCACAAGCUGCUCAAGGAGAUGGUGCUGCUGGAGCGGCUGCGGCACCCCAACGUGCUGCAGCUCUAUGGCUACUGCUACCAGGACAGCGAGGACAUCCCGGACACCCUGACCACCAUCACGGAGCUGGGCGCCCCUGUGGAGAUGAUCCAGCUGCUACAGACGUCCUGGGAGGAUCGAUUCCGAAUCUGCCUGAGCCUGGGCCGCCUUCUCCGCCACCUGGCCCACUCCCCGCUGGGCUCGGUCACUCUGCUGGACUUCCGCCCCCGGCAGUUUGUGUUGGUGGACGGGGAGCUAAAGGUGACGGAUCUGGAUGAUGCGCGCGUGGAGGAGACACCGUGCACGAGCAGCGCCGACUGUGUCCUCGAGUUUCCAGCCAGGAACUUCACCUUGCCCUGCUCGGCCCAGGGCUGGUGCGAGGGCAUGAACGAGAAGCGCAACCUCUAUAAUGCCUACAGGUUUUUCUUCACAUACCUCCUUCCCCACAGUGCCCCCCCCUCACUACGGCCUCUGCUGGACAGCAUCGUCAAUGCCACAGGUGAGCUCACGUGGGGGGUGGAUGACACCCUGGCCCAGCUGGAGAAGGUGCUGCAUCUGUACCGGAGCGGCCAGUACCUGCAGAACUCCACCGCGGGCAGCACAGCUGAAAGCAGCCAAGCUUUCACCCCUGGGCACACAAAGUUCUCAUUGGGGCUCCAUCCCCAACCCACAGAGUACCAGCGCCUGCCAGACAGCGCCAUCCCCCAGGAAGACUACCGCUGCUGGCCCUCCUACCACCACGGAGGCUGCCUCCUUUCCGUGUUCAGCCUGGCCGAGGCCGUGGACGUCUGUGAGAGCCAUGCCCAGUGCCGGGCCUUUGUGGUCACCAACCAGACCACCUGGACAGGUCGGCAACUGGUCUUUUUCAAGACGGGAUGGAGCCAUGUGGUCCCUGACCUCAACAAAACCACGUAUGUGAGGGCCUCUGGCUGACCUGUCUGCGGGCUCAGCUGACCAGCUGACCGUCCCUGCCGCUGGGCUUGCCUGUGGAGGGAGAGACUUGCACAAGCAGCAUUGCAUGUCACCCAGGAGCCGCUGCAGACAAGGCUGACAUCCCAGACAGACCAAGGUGACCAGGACAAUGUGCAAUAAUGCCAAAUGUUAAAAUGUGAGUUUGCCAGUCUAGGUGAGGGACCCCUGGGCUCUCCGACCCUCUGGGCUGCCGGCAAGGCACGGGCUGGUCUUCCCUGGGGGGCCCUGCCCCUCACUGGGACAGUUCUGUGGGCAGCUCCAUCACUGUGUUUGUAGUGUGAGAAUGUAGCCAAAGCCCCGACUGCUGCUGCUGCUGUUGCUACAGGCAUCAUGGCCUAGCAGGGGCUGCGUGGGGACAAUCGGUCAUGGAGUGUCCUCUUAGCUGAGCUCCGGACAGGAGACUGGACGGGAUGCUCUGGGAAGUCGAUGAUUCUGUACCUGGGGAGGCCGCCUCUGGCCACCUGACCAGGGUCUCGUAGGCCAGUCCCGGGACAGGGGCUGAGGAGCACGCAUGGUAUGAGCCAAGACGUGGGGUUGAGGAGCAGGUUGCAUUUUGAGCCAGGACCUGGGGUGGGGGUGGGGCCGGGGCCUUUCUGCCUCAUUUGCUUUCAGUGAAAGCUGAGAAACAGCCAAAUCCAGCCUCUCCCUCCUCCUGGAGUUUGUAUAUCCGGAAGCUUUUGUACUUCUUGUUCAUUAAAAUGUUUAUUUUUGUUAAAAAAAAAGUCAAUCAAUUAAUAAAAUGACAUUUCACGGCAA